GCUAAUCUCAUACUCUCACAUAACAUCACGCACCCAUUUCGAUUCAAAUCAAGCCUGCUACUUUUUACUGCCGCAUAAAUCUCUAAUAAUUCAAAACCCAAAGCUCCCACCUUUUCAAUGAGAAAUUCCCCAACUCUUUGUUUCUCUAAUUAUCAUACUACUACUACUUUGACAGUGUAAAAAAAAAUUUCGAUUUCGCUAGGGUUUUCCAGAGCCACACGUGUCGAAAUGCUAGGUGGGUUGUAUGGAGACCUCCCUCCACCCUCUUCGGCCGACGAAGACAAGCCCAGCAACACCACCGUCUGGUCCAGCAGCGCCAAGAUGGCUCCGCCGACUCUCCGUAAGUCCUCUUCGGUCUUCGCUCCGCCGCAGACCAUUCUCAAAUCUCAAACCAAGCCCAAAACCCCCAAUCCGGCACUGGCGGCGCAGCCGAAGAGCGUGACGUCGUUUUCGGCUUCGGCAAUGCCAUCGCUGAUGCAGGAAGACUCGGCGCAGCCGGCAUUGGUUGGGGUGACGUCGUCGGUGAUCGAGGAGUACGAUCCGGCGAGGCCGAAUGACUACGAGGAGUACAGGAGGGAGAGGAAGAAGAGGGCGAUGGAGGCGGAGGUGAGGAGGGAGCUCUAUCGGCGGCGGCAGGAGGAGGAGGAGAGAGAGAGGAGGGAGAAGGAGGAGAGGGAAAGAGAAAGGGAAAGGGAAAGGGAAAGAGAGAGGGAUUACAGCGAUUCGCGGCUGAAUAUAUCGGGAGAAGAAGCUUGGAGGAGGCGUGCGGCGAUGAGCGGGGCUGUGCCGCGGCGGUCUCCAUCGCCGCCAAGCAAUGCCGACGGGUUUAUGAUCGAGAAGUCGGAGACGGUAGGGUUGGGCGUUGGAGCCGGCGGGCAAAUGACCGCGGCGCAGAGGAUGAUGGCGAAGAUGGGGUGGAAAGAGGGGCAAGGGCUUGGGAAGCAGGAACAGGGGAUCACUACUCCUUUGAUGGCGAAGAAGACGGACCGGCGAGCUGGGGUGAUUGUCAAUGCUAGUGAGGUGAAGCAGGAUAAGAAGGUGAAAGGCGUCAGCUUUAAUGGGUCGCCUACUCGGGUUUUGCUGCUUAGAAACAUGGUGGGCCCUGGUGAGGUUGAUGAUGAGCUUGAAGAUGAGGUAGGAUCAGAGUGCGCUAAGUAUGGGACAGUAACUCGGGUUCUCAUUUUUGAGAUAACCGAGCCAAAUUUUCCAGUGACUGAGGCUGUCAGAAUCUUUGUUCAGUUUGAGAGACCAGAAGAAACAACCAAAGCACUUGUUGACCUAGAUGGUCGAUACUUUGGAGGUAGGGUGGUCCGAGGCUCAUUCUAUGAUGAGGAGAGGUUUAGCAAGAAUGAGCUGGCUCCAAUGCCGGGAGAAAUCCCGGGCUUUACAUAAAUUAAUGGACUGUUUUGUUCCAAUUCAAAUGUCCCUAGUCUAGGAUGGUUGAAAUAGAUAGAUCAACUUGGAUUUGAUUUUCAUUGCUGUGUGAGAGUUGCGUGGUGUUGUAAGUAGCAUUCAAAUUCAAGGAGCAACCCUCCAUCUCUUAACUGGGUCCAGGUGAUGUUUGUAACAGAAGCAAACAGUAGUCAUAAGGAAAUUGUUGAAAUCAUAUGAACAGACAGCCUUUUAUUUUAACAAUUGGCAUGCCGAUGGUGUAUUGUGGUUAAAUUGCGUUCCGGAAAAAAGUAUGGCUAUUGCGAAGUUAUGAUUUCGUUGGGGGAAACUAGGUUGGAAAUCAUCAAGGCUGUCCUUAGAUGUGAAAGGAAAAUUUACUUCGAAUGUUUUAUGAUAAAAUGAUUUCUGAUAGACUUUUUGUGCAUUCAUUACAAAUGGUAUUGAAUUUAUUACUUUUCAGUUUUA